UGUAGGGGUUUUCAGUGACGCGCGGACACGCGUGUGUGCAUCACAUCUAGAGUGCUAGUGAACUUCCCCGAGUGGGGAAGAGGUCGCGAUGACCGACCGCGCUUUUGGGUUCGCCGUCGCGCUGCUGGGUCUGUGGACGCUGGUCGAAGGGCAAUUUUUUAGCAACAAUCUGGCAGUGAACAGGACGGGGCUGUACGGGAGGAGUGACCCCUACUACGAUAACAGGAAUUACCCCUCGAGCGGAAGCUACAGGCAAGGAGGCGGGUACUACAGUGCCGAUAGACAGAGUUACGAAUCCACCGAGAGGGAGACCGGAAGGCCCCCAUAUUCGUACGAAGACGCAAGAGCUAGAGCGGCCAAUAGGAGUUACGAUGCGCGGACGGGGGUAACCUCCGGGGGCAGGAGCAGGGUUGGGGCCUACACGGAAACGAGAACAGACUCACCCCAGUACAGGCAAGCUCAAGAAUCAUCCAGUCAGUACGAACAGUCUGGGCAGUACGACCAAUCCGGACAACGUAGCCAAUCCGGACAACACAGCCAAUCCGGACAAUACGGCCAAUCCGGGCAAUACGACCAGUCUGGACAGUACGGUCAAUCCGGACAGUACGGCCAGUCCGGUCAAUAUGGCCAGUCCGGACAGUACGGCCAGUCCGGACAGUACGGCCAAUCCGGACAAUAUGGCCAACCCGGACAAAGCCAGUCGGGACAAACAAGCCAAUCAUCAUCCUACUACGGGUCGUCCCGAUACGAAUCCUCCGGCCAACCUGGUCAAGCAUCCGGAAGCUCAAGAUCCAGUCAGUACGAAUCCUCCGGUCAAGCCGGUCAAGCAUCCGGAGGCUCAAGAUCCAGCCAGUACGAAACCUCCGGUCAAGCAUCCGGAGGCUCAAGAUCCAGCCAGUACGAAACCUCCGGUCAAGCAUCCGGAGGCUCAAGAUCCAGCCAGUACGAAACCUCCGGUCAAGCAUCCGGAGGCUCAAGAUCCAGCCAGUACGAAACCUCCGGUCAAGCAUCCGGAGGCUCAAGAUCCAGCCAGUACGAAUCCUCAGGUCAAGCAUCCGGAGGCUCAAGAUCCUCCAGCCAGUACUACGAUCAGUACAGUGGCCAAAGCCGCAACACCUAUGCUUCAAGUCCUUACCGAAGCAGCAGACCAUACUCUAGCAGUUAUGACAUUCUCGACGCUCCAGGGAGUGCCUAUGGCCCCAAAAAUGGCAGCGAAAGGUGUAUUCCGAAGUGUUUCGCGGAGAAAGGAAAUCGGGGCUUUCCCGGUGUGCCUGGCAUAUCGGGGGAAAAAGGUCAGCGCGGUUUCCCCGGAGAAGAAGGUAUAAUGGGACCUAAAGGCGACAAGGGCGAGCCCGGUCCGAUCGGGCCGCGAGGUCCUAAAGGAGAUCGAGGCAAAAUGGGCGUUCCUGGUUUUCCUGGCAUUAACGGGAUUCCCGGGUUGCAAGGACCUCCCGGACCAUCUGGGCUACCGGGUUUGGACGGUUGUAAUGGUACUGAUGGUUUUCCUGGUGUGGAUGGUCUGCCCGGAGAAUCAGGACCUCGCGGUUUCCCUGGAAUACCAGGGACUAAGGGCGAACGAGGUGAAGACGCCCAUUGCGAAAUUAAUCUAAAGGGACAAAAGGGUGAACCCGGACGAGAUGGAGUCACGGGUCCUGCAGGUAAUCCCGGUCCUGUAGGUCCACAAGGUCUACCAGGAGUGCGCGGUGAAACUGGCGUUUCGGGUGUUAGAGGUCCACCUGGUCCCAAAGGCCAAAAAGGUAAUAUGGGUAUAGGUUUCGAAGGCGCAAAGGGUGAUAAGGGUCAGAAGGGUGAAAGAGGACCAAGAGGUUCAUCCCCGCCGCAAGUCCAGGUUGGUAAUGGAACAGCCCAUAUUGGUCCCAAGGGCGAGCCUGGCCACAAAGGUGAAGUUGGUAAUUGGGGACCUAUAGGACCGAAAGGAGAACCGGGUAUAGAAGGGGACAUGGGUAUACCUGGUGGAAUUGGAAUGAAAGGAGAGAAAGGAUUAUCAGGGCCUCCAGGACCAAGAGGAAGAGACGGUUUCGCUGGCCCUCCUGGUCCCCCCGGACAAAAGGGAGACAGAGGCACUGAAGGUUUACCGGGCUUAUCUGGAAGGCCAGGUUUGAAAGGAGAGCCAGGUAAAGAUGGACCUGCCGGAUUUCCUGGAUUAGUGGGUCCACCGGGACCUCCCGGUGGUGGGAAAGGGCGUCCUGGACCUCCUGGACCACAAGGACCUCGAGGUUAUCCAGGACCUAUGGGACCUAAAGGCAUGGACGGAUUCCCUGGAGAUCCAGGACCGAGAGGACCUAUUGGGCCGCCUGGAGGACCGGGCGUCAACGGCAGGCCAGGACCUGAAGGUGCACCAGGUGAAAAAGGUCAAAAAGGAGAGUCAGGUUCAAUUGGGUUCCCUGGAGCUGAUGGACCUAGAGGUUAUCCCGGACCAAUUGGAGCUCCAGGCGCGCGAGGUUUACCCGGCGAAAAAGGAAUUUCGAUAAUGGGACCUAAAGGUGAUAAUGGAGAACCUGGAAGGGACGGUGAACCUGGACAAAAAGGAGAAAGGGGUUUCCCUGGCUCUCGCGGUGCUCCGGGUGAUGCCUUGAAUGGUAUUCCCGGCUUGAAUGGUCCCCCAGGACCACGUGGUGAAAAGGGAAACUCUGGCAGACCUGGCUUGCAUGGAAGCCCGGGAUUGCCUGGUGAAAAAGGCGACAUUGGUGGUAGAUGUAUCGAUUGCAUACCUGGAGGAAAAGGCGAGAAGGGUGAACCUGGUUUCCCUGGCCGAGAUGGGGAUGUUGGUCCUCGUGGUCCACCUGGUGCACCAGGUUUCGUCGGACUUCCCGGAUUAGAUGGUCUACCAGGCCGUCAAGGUGCACCUGGUCGGCCGGGUAAAGACGGUGAAGCAGGUAUGCCGGGAGAUCAAGGAGCUCCAGGUGAAUCAGCAAUAGUUCCCGACAGUCUCGUUAGAGGGGAAAAAGGCAACAAAGGCGAGAGAGGAUAUGCUGGUCAAUUGGGGCCUAAGGGUUUACCUGGACCUCCAGGAAUUGUCGGAGAACCAGGAUUGCCCGGAAUGCCCGGCGAAAAAGGUGAUCGAGGAUACGACGGAUUCCCUGGUACUGACGGAAAACCGGGAACAGCUGGUAUCCCUGGUGUAAAAGGAGAAAAGGGCACGAGCGUGAAAGGUGAACCUGGGUCGUCUGGAAAUCCAGGACGUAAAGGUGAAAAGGGAGAACCUGGACGUCAAGGCACGAAAGGCCCUGCAGGACAAUGCCCCGAAAGCAUAACCGCACAAAUGAGAGGAGAUCGUGGUGCUCCAGGUCCUAAAGGCGAACCCGGAAUUACAGGUUUCCCCGGUUCACCAGGCGAAAAAGGUGAGCCUGGUCAGACGGGAACUAGAGGUUCUCCGGGACAAGAUGGACCACCGGGACCGGUAGGAAGAAGAGGUCUUCCAGGUCCGAGGGGUGACAAGGGCGAUAUCGGUCCGAUGGGUUUCCCUGGCGAAAAGGGAAGAGACGGUUCACCUGGAUUCCCAGGCUUAGCUGGAGGCAAAGGUGGCAAAGGAGAAGCCGGAAUUCCCGCUGUUGGACCACCGGGACCUCCAGGACCAAUGGGUUAUAAAGGCGAGAAAGGAUUGCCAGGUUCACCUGGAAAAACUGGAUCGCCAGGUCAACCAGGUUUAUCUGGAUUGAUGGGAGAAAAGGGAGACGUAGGUGUUCCUGGAUUGAACGGUCUUACCGGACCUCCGGGGCAAAAAGGAGAACCAGGACCUUUAGGUCCACCAGGAAUUCCUGGAGCUUCAGGACUAUCAGGGCCUGGCGGACAAAAAGGCGAACCGGGAUUAAAGGGCGAUCAGGGUACUCCAGGAUUACCUGGCUUCCCAGGAAUUAAGGGUGAAUCUGGCAUACCGGGACUGGAAGGACCAAAGGGAUUCCAAGGACCAUCUGGACGUCCUGGACCUCCAGGACCGCCAGGAAUGGAUGGACUUCCGGGACCGAAUGGAGAAAAAGGAGACAGAGGAUUCGGGGGACCUCCUGGACCGCAAGGGUUAGUCGGCAUGCCAGGAUCUAUUGGGUAUCCUGGAGAAAAAGGUGACACAGGACCAGGUGGUCUCCCUGGAUUGAUGGGACCCGCAGGAAGACCAGGAUUUAAGGGAGAACCUGGGCUACCGGGAUUGCCUGGCGAAAAAGGCAGUCAAGGAGAGGUAUCUGCAAAGGGUCAGAAGGGUGAACCUGGAAUUUCUGGUUUAAGAGGACCUGACGGAUUACCGGGCAGACAAGGCAUCUCUGGACCUAAGGGCGAGGCAGGUUUUAAUGGUCAGAGCAUUCCCGGACAAAAGGGUGACCGCGGAGCACCAGGUCUUCCUGGAAUCAAUGGCCAACCCGGCAUUCCCGGACAAAAGGGUGACCAAGGAGUAGCCGGUUUCCCAGGACUGAAAGGAGAAAGAGGUUUUCCUGGGGAACAAGGUGCUCCUGGUAUCGAUGGUUUAUCUGGAGAAAGGGGAGAAAAAGGUGAUAUCGGCUUCCCCGGACAACCAGGCUAUUCUGGAGAAAAAGGUGACAUCGGUUUGCCAGGCCGCAGUGGUCUUGACGGAAACAAGGGAGAAAGAGGACCCCAGGGACCACUCGGACCAGUGGGCUUCCCUGGUCCAAAGGGAGAGUACGGUGAACGCGGUGCACCUGGUCUACUCGUGACUGUAAAAGGUGACAAAGGCGAACCGGGUCCAUCAGGAUUGCGUGGCCUAGAAGGCGAAAAAGGUGAUCGAGGGUAUCCAGGUCAGCCAGGAUUGUCAGGAGAGAAGGGCAAUGCAGGAUUCCCUGGACCUAAAGGCGACGCGGGUUAUCCAGGACAAGCGGGCGCAAAAGGUGAUCGAGGGUUGUCUGGUAUUCCGGGAGCACCUGGAGCUACCGUAAAAGGAGAGAAAGGUCUUCCAGGUUUGCCUGGAAAGCAAGGACGGGAAGGCAUUCAUGGUAUCCCUGGGGAGAAAGGAGAACGUGGGCUUCCAGGAUUACCUGGUGUUGCUGGUGCGGCCGGCAUACCUGGACCUGUCGGCGCGAAAGGUGAAAAAGGUGAAAUCGGUUUCCCUGGACCCGUCGGUCCACAAGGAGCGGUUGGUUCACCAGGACGUGAUGGUUUCCCUGGCGCUCCUGGUUUGCAAGGAGACAAAGGCGAUAGAGGUCCACCAGGUUUAAUCGGCACACCUGGCGAGAAAGGAGAUCGUGGUAUAACGGGCUUGCAAGGUCCUCCUGGUUACAAUGGAGAAAAAGGCGACAGAGGAUAUGACGGACAACCUGGACUGCCUGGUCCUGUUGGAAUGAUAGGAGAGAAAGGUUUCCCGGGAGCGCCUGGAAACCCCGGAAUAUCAGGAAUCCCAGGAGUUAUAGGUCAGAAGGGAGAACCAGCACCUCCAGGCCGGCCAGGUCCUAAAGGAGACAAGGGCGCAGUCGGACCUCCUGGACGACCAGGAGAACGCGGUUUGCCAGGUCCGAUUGGUCCUCCUGGACGAGACGGUAUACCAGGCGAGAAGGGUGAUCGUGGAAGAAACGGUUUCCCAGGUACUCCCGGUGUAGCAGGCGAAAAAGGCGACAGAGGUGAAGUAGGUAUCGUCGGUAUUACUGGACCAGUGGGCGAACCAGGUCCCAAAGGAGAAGCAGGAGCGGCUUGCGAAGCAAUUGGUGAUUAUCUAACGGGAACAUUGUUGGUUAAACACAGUCAAAGCGUCGAAGUACCGCGCUGUGAGAGCGGGCACAUUCAAUUAUGGGAAGGUUACUCUUUGCUUUAUGUUGAGGGUAACGAGAAGGCACACACACAAGACUUGGGUCACGCCGGUUCUUGCGUUAGGAAGUUCUCUACUAUGCCGUUUGUCUUCUGCGAUUUCAACAACGUUUGUAACUAUGCUAGUAGGAACGACAAGUCUUACUGGUUGUCGACUAGUGCACCUAUUCCUAUGAUGCCGGUGGAGGAGUCUGCCAUUAGACAGUACAUCUCCAGAUGCGUGGUGUGCGAAUCACCUGCCAAUGUUAUCGCAGUCCACAGUCAGUCCUUGUCGCUACCGGACUGUCCCAACGGAUGGAGCUCGUUGUGGAUUGGUUACAGCUUCAUCAUGCACACUUCCGACGGCUCCGAAGGCGGUGGUCAAUCCCUGGUGAGCCCGGGCUCUUGCCUGGAGGACUUCCGCGCGACGCCCUUCAUCGAAUGCAACGGCGCCCAAGGCACCUGUCACUACUUCGCCAACACCCUCAGCUUCUGGUUGGCCACCAUCGAAUCCAACCAGCAGUUCCAGAAGCCGCUGAAGCAGACGCUAAAGGCCGGCAACGUCCGAGACAGGAUAAGCAGGUGCCAAGUAUGCAUCAAAAACUAGCACGCCGCACGAUCUAGGCCUUUUAUUAUUUUGUUGACUCGAUGGGUCAGUCACACUGCCUGUGCGAAUGUCCCAUCCGAAAAUGUGUUCAACCUCAUAGUGUUCCUUGAUUUUCCGAGUCCUUGUCCAUCCGUCGACCCGGACUCUCGACCGGAUGGACAAGCACUCGCCCAAUUUUUGUACCAUAAGCUUUGUAACUUUUUUAAUACUGCCGUGCCAUGUUUGUAUAACAUUAAAAACGCAUGUAAAGAGUUUUGUAUAGUACUUAGUCUAAGUUGUAUGUAUGUAAUAAUACCACACGCUAUAAAACUGUAUGUUAAAGAAAUUAUCAGUGGUAUAGAAAAAUAGGGCGGUCACAGUUCUUUUUUUUAAGUUUCGCUGUGAUUUUUAAUAGCAUUUUUAGCAGAGUAGUUAUCUUCUAAAGAGAAUAUUUUUGUAAUUAAUAAUUUUAAUGGUGCUAUGUAUCCCUGUAACAAUAAUUUAUGUGUUCGCUUUAAGUCUGCAGUGAUCUUUUUUUUUAUAUAAACACAACGGAAAGUGUCGUCACAUAUUUUUUACUUUUAUAUUAACUACAUUCCCCAUUUCGCAUUCUCUUUCUAAACUUCUAGUCAAAGGACGAAUCCAAAAAUUUUCUAAAUCGUCUGGGUUGGGUAUCACUGCACGUUGUAAUUUCUCUAGCUCUUACAAUCUCUUUGUUUCAUUAAAACACUGCCAUUGUAAAAUAAAUAAAUAUUACUUAAACAGUA